CACAUUUUUUAUUUGCUCGUGCAACAUGCAGAUCCAGGAUUUCGACAAAAAAGGGGGCCCAAACUAGGCAUCGUUUGGAGUGGUAUAUGCUAAAAGUCUAUACAUAAUGUAUUUUUCAUCUUAAAUCACUGAAUCAUCAGUAAACAUGUGUUACAUAACUGCACCAUUCAUGCGUUUAUACUGAACAUUCCAUCUUUACCAACGUGUUAUUUACGAAAUCUUCCUUCGAGUGUUUGGUUGUGUGAUCAGAUUUCUCCAGUUGUGGUCGUUUUUACAAUCUUGCCAAAAAAAUCCUGUUAACACACUCAGUUGUGUGUGCUCCAACGCUGGAGGAAAAUACGCAAAGAAGAAGACUUCCGACUUCGUACUGUGUCGGCUUCAUUUGUUUUCAAUAACUUACUCCUAUUCAGGUAUACAGGCUAGCAUGGCACAGAACAGAGUUACCUUUAAGACUGAGAACAAACUUGGUGACUGUCCAGGAGUUGUGACGGGUGAUCCAGCCUCGACAAAGAAAGGGCUUGUCGUAAUCCAGGAAUGGUGGGGUAUGAAUGAGCAAAUUAUACAGGAGGCAGAACUCAUAGCAAAGUCAGGGUUUGUCACCUUGAAUCCUGACCUUUAUAGAGGAAAGGUCGCAACUGAUAAUGAGACAGCAGGACAUUAUAUGAAUGAUUUAGAUUGGCCUGGUGCUGUAGCUGACAUUAAAGGAGCUAUUUUAUAUCUGAAGAAUGCUGGGUGUACAAAGGUUGGUGUUACUGGGUUUUGCAUGGGAGGAGCCCUUUCUCUAGCCUCAGCAGCAUUAGUCUCGGAAGUUGAUGCAGCAGCACCAUUUUAUGGAAUUCCAGGCAAAGCACUGUGUGAUUUAAAGAAUAUAAAGUGUCCAGUUCAGUGUCAUUUUGGUAACUUAGAUACCCUGGAAGGAUUUUCUGCUCCAAAAGAUCAGGCUUUGUUGGAACAAACAUUAAAAGAGACUGGUGUGGUUUUUGAAUUUUACCGCUAUGAGGCUAAUCAUUCCUUUACAAAUACCACUAGCCCUAACUACAACAAAGAAUGUUGUGACCUAGCACUAAAACGCAUGUGUGAAUUCAUGGGCAAGAAUUUAAGUUGACUUGUAAAACUACACAUUAUAUGAUGCUAGUCAAAACUACACAUUAUAUGAUGCUAGUCAAAACUACACAUUAUACUAUGCUAUUCAAAACUACACAUUAUACUAUGCUAUUCAUUU